UAGGACAAAUAAGAAAAAUAUAAAUAAUUCUUAUUGUCUAUCAUAAAUUUAAAAAACAACAACAUAUUUUACGAUAGAUAAUAUGAAAAAAUAUGGAUAAACAGCUAAAGUUCAACAUUUCAAGAAUAAUAUUUUACGAUAGACAAGAGGAACUGCGUUGAUCAUGAAUGAUAGAUAAUAUGACAAAUAAGACCACUUUUUUAUGCUUCAACUAUAAAAUUUUCAUAAUUUGUUUUCAAGAUAGACACCAAAAAUGUGUUUCUCCUUUGUUGACUUUCGUCUAUAAACUCGAAGUUAGAGCAAUAUUAAAACCAUUACCAAGAUUUCCAAAUCCUUUAGGCGAAGACCAUGACAAAAAACGAGUUGUCGUUUCAAUUUCAUGUGUUCGAAUCGCAUCCAGUCCAGAGCCUCCAAUAAACUUUUUUGCAUGGUCGCCGCCAUGUUGUAUCACCUAAAACGACCAAUUUACGGUAGUCGAGCUACUUUACAUUACUUUACAGUAUAUUAAUAAUUGUGAUGCCCAAUAAGAGGUCGUAUAAUAAUCUGAGAUAGACAAUAGCAUCGACGAGAAAUGACAGCUACACGAAUAGACUGUAUCCCAUUCUCAAUUUUUCAAGCGUCCCUCAAGUACACGAAAUGUUACAUUUUGAAUAAGCAUUUAUCGAUCUGAUGCGACUCGCGGUAAACCAGUCAUAGUGCAAGCGUCUAUUAAGCGCAUUUCAAUAAGCGUCUAGGUAGCCUGUUGUAACAGAUACGGAUACCGUAUUUUUUUCGGAUAAUUAUUUUUCGGGAAAAAUCACUCGACAGGGCGGGCUAGUGACUUGAUUUUUUCAGUCGACCGAGCGGAAAACAGCUCGACUCGGUCGAUGGUCGAGUGGGUUACGUCGAAGACUGGACAAGAUGCCACGCAGGGUAGAUGGCUCAAAGUUGGUUGCAGCGGGGCCAUUCGCCUCUGCCGAAAGCUUGGUCUUCUUGACACUGAGCAGGAAUCUGGAUAGAAGAAUAUCUACCUCCUUUGGUGGAAUGUCUUUGAUCUGCACCAAGAUGAACAGAGAAAGUGAGUUAGCGAGGCAGUUGCAAGAAUGGACGACACAAGAAAUGCACUUCAACUUACAGUCAUCCCAUUCAGCAGCAUUAGAUCCUGAAAAGUUAAAAGUGCUGUGUAAAGGGCCAGGAGCUGCAAUCUGGCAAUGGGUGACACAGCAUGUCAAGUCUACAGAAACAGUGAAGACAGUAAAUGGCAACCUGGCAUUUAAAAGCAAGACAUCUGCCCCCAGUUACAAAGUAAACUAUGAUGUGGGAGGGGAACAGUUUGAGGACACCAAACAAGCCUUACUGGAGCGAAGAGCUGCUCUCACUGGGGAGAUAACUACAACAUUGAGAGAUGUCGGCCAUUUUGAGCAUGAGGUGGAGAGAAUCACAGCAGAGGUUGCUGAGACAGAGCAAAAGUACCAGCAGGUUAAAGAAGCCAUCAACAACUCCCGCCGGAAGGCCGCCCUCCUGACUGCGUUCUGUGUGAAAUCAGCUGACAACGCAGCACAGUAUAAGGAAUAUGUGCGGUGUCUCCAAACCAGGACUGCUACCAUCAAAGCCAGGGCACAGAAAGGCUUGGAGACAGAAGAGUAUUAUAGUCGAGAGGCAGCAGGUGGAGAAAGUGAUGAGGAAGAAGAAACAGAGGGAAAGACACCUGCCCUGGAGAUUGCCUCCGCGAAACAUGUACGAGAGAGCUGUUCAGAGAUUGGCACAUUUCUACAAGACACAUUGAAUGGAGCGUUCACUAAUGAUAAAGCCUUGUUCUCAAAGCAAAAGGAGCCACUCUGGCAGAAGGUUGAGCAAGUGUGUGGCACAUUCUCCGCUGACCAGAUACUGACCGGUCUACUAACCCAUACAGUGGACACUACAGCUGCCCUCCGCUCACUGACCAGUAAAGUGGACAUCAGGAGGGACGCCCAGAAACUCAGAUUCAAGUAUGAUGGUGGAGAAGUGAGGGAUCUGUCCAGACAGCCAUCCUUGUACAAAAGUGUACAUCAAUUAUUACAGGAGAGGAACAAGGAACACUUCCUCAGUUUUGUCCAGUGUCAGAAGUCUGUCAACGAUGCCCGGAAUUUAGAGCAGUCUGUAUCCAUGGUGAAGUCACGCAUUGAGAAAAAACUCCACAAGCUUUUCUCACAGAAGUCCACAGACCUGAAACUUGCCAGGACCCUAGUAGAUGUAGAAGUUGAAGUUGACGGCCAGAGAGCUGCUUUGCACAGCCUCACACAGGAGACAGAGGCACUGAAAGUGGUCGUGGAAAAAAGCAUCCAGCAGCGGCAAGAAAUUUUUGCCAAACACCACCGCAUACAGGAGUUCCAGGAUAUCACGGAUCAGAAGCAGGGUGUUAUCCAAGUGCUUGUCAAACAGAACAUGAAUGCCCAGUCACGAUUAGAAGAACAGCUAGCAGAGAUAUCCGACUACAUCGGUCGCUCGUUUGUCUCCCAGCCCUCUCAUCUCACUGGGCUUACGGGGAAACUUGCAGGAACAGUCUCACAGGAGGUGGAUGGCUUUGCUAACCUUGUACUGCCGUAUUUGAUGUUCUCACAGAUUGAUAGUGCCCUGAAGACAGCUGUUAUGGACCUGUCUAUACACCAGACCUCACAUGUCCAUAUCAGACCUGCUCUCUCCACUGUGCUAGAUUGCCUGAACUUCAAAAUGUUCCAGGCUCCAGAGUGUAUCUUGUCCCAAUGUGUACAACUACGGGAAGAUAUAGGGGACAUUCUACACAGGCUUGAUAGGGAAGCCAGUAUAGCAUCUAGAAGAACAGAAGAUGAUGUGGUCGUCAAUAUCACAGAGUUAUGUGAGCGUGCACGCGAGAGUGACAGUCAACAGCUCCGACAGACGCUACCACGGUUACAGGAGAAGAUUUCCCGCACUAACCAAGCCCUAGACAACUGUACACAUGCCAGGCAGGCAGCAGAUGACUUGUGGUUGGAGCCUAGUCAGAAGUGUGUCCCCUGGGUGACUGUUGAUGACCAUACCUUACAACAGUACAUGGACAGAUGGACAGUCCUAGUGACCAGCCUUAGACAACAGCUUCUUCACAAGCAGUAAGGAGGAACAUCUUUCAUCAGAAGAUCUCGUUUUGCACCUUUUUGCUUUUCCAUGUACAUUUCUCUUUGCUGAGUUAUAUUUACAUCGGAGUCAUGAACAGUUUGUGGAUACAUGUAUAUGAAAUGUUUUCAGUAUUUAUUUCAUAAAAAAUAAAAGUAUUCAUGUU